AUGAAUAAUAUUCAAUAUGUAUUUUCAGUGGAUUUCCGUCAGUCGUCAACGAACAAAGCAUUUAUUGCCAGCAUUCCUGAUGGCGAUUACGAAGUGGUUCAUCCAUUUCAAAUUCGCGAUAAAAAUGAACGAAUAGGGAUUGAUACGCGAAAUUACUUUUUAAAAGCUGCCGAACAUUAUCAACAUGUGACGAUUGUGAUAAGAAGUAAUGCUGUUGGUAGGAUAAAAUUAGUAUUGGAACGGAAUAAUUUUAUAUUUCUGAAUCGGACCAGUUUUCGAAAGGUUAGUGAUAAUCAGAAAUAA